GUAAAGUUUAAACAAAAGAUGUUUGAUCAAAGAUGAAGAAGCAAAAUGAUGGAUUUGAAGGAGAGAAUGUUUUAUCUUCUAUCUUUUAUAAUUUCCCUUAUUAUUGGUCUUUUCUUUCCUCUAUCUGUUGAUUCACAGUGUAAUGGAAAUCUAGUAAUUAUCAAUUUUGGUGACUCCAAUUCUGAUACUGGUGGCUACGUUAUAAUACGUGGAAUGAUCGGACAGCUUCCAAUAAAGCACACCAUCAAUCAUGAUUUAGCUGGUCGAAUGUGUGAUGGCAAAUUAGUCAUUGAUUUUCUAUGCGAAAGUGUGAAAAAUGGUUAUUUAACUCCAUUUAUGGAGUCAAUGGGGAAAAACUUUACAAACGGAGUUAAUUUUGCUAUUGCUGGUUCUAAAACUCUUCCAGCCUCAGAUUCUUUUAAUUUGAAGAUCCAAAUUGCCCAGUUCCAUCGGUUUCGUUCUCUUUCUCUUGAGUUAUUUGACAAAGGUAAUGGAAAUUUGCUAGGAGAUGAAGAUUUAAGGAAUGCCCUCUACACAAUUGAUAUUGGACAAAAUGAUUUGGAUGGAGUAUUUGGUGGUCUCUCAUAUGAAAAAGCUAUCCUAAAAAUUCCUGAUUUCAUUUAUGAAAUUGAAAAUGCAAUAAAGGAAAUUUAUGAAGAAGGUGGAAAGAAUUUUUGGGUACAUAAUACAGGGCCAAUAGGGUGCUUGCCUAAAUCACUUACAACAUAUAACAAGUAUAAGGAUGAUUAUGAUGAGCAUGGUUGCCUAAGAUCUCUAAAUGAAGGUGCAAAAAUAUUCAAUGACAAAUUAUACCUUCUCUGUGAAACACUAAGAGAUGAAUUGAAGAAUAUCACCAUUGUAUAUGUUGAUGUCUACUCCAUCAAGUAUGACCUCAUUGCCAAUUCUUCUAAUUAUGGGUUUGUGAAUCCAUUGAUGGCAUGUUGUGGAUAUGGAGGGCCACCAUAUAACUUUGAAUCAAACAACAAAUGUGGGCAAGGAAAUUACACAAUAUGUGAGAAUAGAUCCAAGUACAUUAGCUGGGAUGGUGCUCAUUAUACAGAAGCAGCUAAUGCAGCUGUUGCCUCUAAAAUACUCUCAUCAAACUACUCUACACCUCCACUCAAGUUCAAUAGUUUUUGCAAUAUUGCACCUUGAUAUGGGACUAAAGACUUUUGUCAAUCAGUGAAGUUGUAUGCAGUUUUGUUUGGUAAAUAAGUUUAUUUUCAGGUUCUGUAUCGAAAACAAUAAUAUGCAAACCCAACCCAGUAAUUUCAAUGUCAAGAAAAGCUACUAAACCAUCUCCCCCAGUCUGGAAACUAGGAAAACUUCAAUACAAGAUCCUAUAGGAAUUGAAAAAUUUAUGUAUGGCCUACCUAUACACUAAUACAUACAAUCAGAUCUAUAAAUAAUGCAUGCAUAUCAGGUUCUUGAGGCAUGAUUUUGUAUAUAUAAUGUGAUAAAUAGGGGCAUGAACACCUAUACUUAUGGUCUAAAGGCAUAUACACCUAUAGACAACUACAUCUCAAACUACUUGAGAACAACUACAUGAAUCUCUAUUUUUCUGUUCUUGCUACAUUUGGAUCCAUCUUCACUCCAAUACUCAAUAGCUCAUUCCAGGAGGAUACUAACAAAAAAAACUUAACCAUUUAAGAACAGCCAAAUAUAGGUAACCAAAAUUAAGCUAAAGAUGACAAGCCGAAACUGGUGUAAAACUCCAUAAAACCUACUUCAAGAAAGUUGUUGAAGUACAUAGCUUAUUCAGCUAAAAGAAUCUUCCCAUCCAUUUGGAUAAAGCAGUCCUCCCAAAA